CUUGUAUACAUCAAACCGGUUGUGUUUGAAGAUUUGAAACAUCGGCAACGAGAAGGUCAGUGAUCGAGAUGCGAUUGAGGCGCCACCAGAGAAUAUAAAAUGGCUGGAAGUAUCGUACAAACAUCUAUCCACCAAUUCAUUCUUCACUUGUCCCAUCGGCGCCUACCAAGUGACUUACGCGAAACCGCAAAGCAAACUUCAUCAUGAAAAUCACUCCAUUUCUCAUCGCAAUCCUCCCGGCCCUAGUCUCUGCCAAUGUCGGACUCAGCUGGAGCAUCGCUAACGUCUCCUCCUCGGGCCUAAAAGACAUCACCUUCCCAAUGGCCAUGCCCAAUGCCAAGCACGAGGGUGGACUCUACUUCGCUCAGCAAUUCGAUUUCGUUGGAGCUGAUGGUGUCGGAUACACAGGUCUACAGCCUAUGGCCGACACUUCCAACGGAAGUAUGGUCCAUGCCGUAUUUUCGAGCUUUGUCGCAGGGACCAAAAGCACGGACACAGAGAACUGCAGCGAUGGUGCAGAUGGUGGUCCUGGUGUGAGCUGUGCCAUUGAAAUCCCAGCGCCAUAUUCACACCCAUACAACCUGGUGAUCAAGAACACGCACGGAACCACCUGGACUGGAACCCUCGUCGAUGCAGUCCUGGGCAACGCAACGCGUAUCGGCUCAUAUACACUCCCUGCUGGAUCCGGGGGGGUCGGUUCCUCCCAGGCGGGCUUUGUCGAGUAUUUUCUGUUCAACGUGGAAGACGCAGAGGAGAAGGGUGAAUGUGGGAAGGUGCCACGCGCGGAUGUGACAUUCUGGCCACCUAGAACUAAUACCUCCCGCUUUGGUGUUGGGGAGUUGAGCGAGCCCCAUGCGUACAGUGGUUGUGAGGAGGAGGGCAACUUUAAGACGACACAGGUCAAUGGAGGGGGAUACAGGAUUACCGUUGGAUAUGUCUAGAAGUCUGUGUUUAGAUCUGCCAGACCAUUGCUUUUGUCAGGUCUUUUCAGAUGUACCUGUCAGAUAGAUACAAAACCGAUCCUGUCACUCAAACUCGCGUUGAUUGCGCGUGUCCAGGGCAUCAGUAUUACUAUAAGCACUUAUUCAGAAGUGCGUAUAGGAAAGACUGUUCAAAUCUGAUAAAACGGAUUAUUUACAAGCAUUCUGGCGCCCAAUAACUAAACAAAGAGGUAGGCAUUGCUAAUACAUCGAACAAACAAAUGAAAUGCG